AUGUCCAGAGUGGAAGCUUUUAGGGACACAAACCUCCGCUCCCUGCUGAGGGAGUUGCGGACAGACAUUGCUAUGGCUGUGGAUGACCCUUUUCCUCUUGUCUAUGGUCUGGCGGACAAAAACAUCAUCACUGACCAACUACUGAAGGACACUCAGGAGAAGGAGGGCAGAGAGGGGAUCCACAAGGCCAUGUACUCGCUCCUAUCCUGGGUCCUGGAGCAGAACAGAUCCACCAUCCAGGCUUUCUGGAGCAACUUGUCCAAAGACUACAACCUGGACAGCUACCCCAAGCUGCAGACGCUGCUCACUAACCUGCGCUUGAGUGUUCAGACGGUGUCCUCCUCAGUCCUGAGACCAGUCACUCUGUCUUCCUCCUCCUGUGCCUCCUCGACUGAGCCACCAGUCAGCCAUGGAGGCACAGAGAAGAUCCAUAUCAAACAGCUUCACUAUAAUGAUGAUGAGUGUGCAGUGUGUAAGGACGGAGGGGAGCUGAUUUGCUGUGAUGGCUGUCCUCAAGCUUUUCAUCUGACUUGCCUGGACCCUCCACUCACAUCCAUACCGAGUGGCCCUUGGCAGUGUGAGUGGUGCUGUGCCAACAGAGUGAAAAGAGAGAAAGCCCAAGUACCUUUACAACCGCAGCAAACAAACACGAGCUCCAGUAACACCAUCAUAGAUGUUUCCCUCUUCACCCCGCUGUCGUCCUCAUCUUUCACCAGUGUUACAGCUUCUGUGAAUGGGCCCAGUGGCAGAAACCAGUGCUCUGGUGGAGAGCUGCUCAGUGUGAGGGAGGUGUGUGGUGUUUGUCACCUGGCGGGAGGAGACUUGACUCACUGCCUCCAGUGUUUGGGGCGUUUCCACGCACACUGCCACUUCUCCAAAGGGAGAUCCAUCUGCUCGUCCUGCUCCAGGCCCUGGGGCAGCUCUGCAGAGAAGGAGGCUGAAUCCAGAGGCUUACAGCUCGCCUCAGCGGCUCAAAAUACACUCGGUCAUGAUCAGAGCUCCUCCGUCCCUGAGUCCGUCCUGCGUAAAGAUGAACUGGACUCCAUCCUGGGAGACGGCUCCAUUGAUGGCAUCUUGCAGUGGGCUUUCCACAACAUCUCUCAGCCUCUUCCAGACUCUCAAGGAUGCUACCAGUGA